AAAGCAACCGAGCCGCUUCAUUCCAACAGUGACAGACAACGUUAAACUCCUGCAGGGAGUUCCGCAGUAAAGUUUGGACUUGAAUUCGUCUUGUAGUUGCGAUUCUUUUGUUUUGACCCUCGGGUACAUCAGGCGGCGGGAGGAGGAGGGUUUUGUUUUUAUUCUCUCUAGUGAACCGGUGGUGUGUUUCCUAGGAUGCUCGGAUAUCGCAGGAGUGUUUCCUCCACGCUUUGGAUACAUAAUGUGAGGAUUUGUGUCGGAAUAAACAAGGACGCCGCGUAAAGGAAACUCCGGAUCUCCCCAGUGUGACCAGUGAAGCUCGUUUCUGUCCUCCCUCAAGUGCGGAAUGGGGCCGUCAACUGCGCUGCUCCUCGUUGCUUUUUUGGGCUGGGCUGGAGGUUCCUCUCUUCACUACUCAGAUGGUCGGUCCAGCCGCCUCUCCAUGGAGAAAACUUUUGGCCGGUUGGUCAAAGACUCCCAGUGCCAUCACAUGUUGAAGCACCUUCACAAUGGAGCCCGAAUCACUGUGCAGAUGCCUCCAAACGUAGAGGGUCACUGGGUGUCCACCAGCUGUGAGGUGAGAUCAGGCCCAGAGUUCCUGACGCGCUCCUACAGUUUCACCAACAGCACCUUCCAGGCUCACCAGUUCUAUUACGAGGACAACCACUGCACCAAACCCACCUACACUUUGGUGAUUCGGGGUCGUCUGCGCUUACGCCAGGCCUCCUGGAUCAUCCGUGGCGGCACAGAGGCGGACUACCAUCUCCACCGCGUCCAGAUGGUUUGUCACACAGCCACCGUGGCCAAAGAUGUCAGCCAGAGGCUCAACCACAGCUGUAGAGGGGCUGUGAAGGGCCCCUGGGAGCCCAAUGUGAUCUACGAGCUCUUGAGCGAGGAGGGCAGCUUUGACUGCUCCAAAGAGCUUAACUUUACCAUGCAUGAGCUGCAGCUGCUGAGGGUAGAGAAGCAGUACCUGCAUCACAACCUGGAUCAUCUAGUGGAGGAGCUGUUUCUAGGAGACAUCCACACCGAGCUGUCCCAGAGGCUGUACUACAAGCCGUCCAGCUACCAGACCGCCUUGCAAAACGCCAAGAACCAUGACCACGGCUGCAUUGCCUGUCGUAUCAUCUACCGCUCCGAUGAGUUCCACCCUCCCAUCCUGCCGCCACGGGCCGAUCUGACAGUCGGGCUGUACGGUCAGUGGGUGAGCCAGCGCUGCGAGGUUCGCCCUGAGGUCCUCUUCCUCACCCGUCACUUCAUCUUCCAUGACAACAACCACACCUGGGAGGGCCACUACUACCACUACUCUGACCCCGUCUGUAAACACCCCACCUUCACCAUCUACGCCCGCGGACGCUACAGCCGAGGCCUUCACUCCACCCGCGUCAUGGGUGGGACGGAGUUCGUCUUUAAAGUGAACCACAUGAGAGUAACUCCCAUGGACUUGGCCACCACCUCCCUCCUCAACGUCUUCAACGGUAACGAGUGCGGCGUGCAGGGGUCCUGGCAGGUCGGGGUGGAGCAGGACGUCACCAUAACCAACGGCUGCGUGGCACUGGGCAUCCGGCUCCCCCACACAGAGUACGAGCUUUUCCGCAUGGAGCAGGACGCCCACGGCCGCUACCUGCUCUACAACGGCCAGCGCCCCAGCGACGGCUCCAGCCCGGACCGGCCGGAGAAGCGGGCCACCUCCUACCAGAUGCCCCUGGUGCAGUGCUCAGCAAGCAGCCAGCCGUCCUACCACAGCAGAGCGGACGGCGGCAACAGGCCUCAGCUGCACCACAAUGACUGCACGGGAUGGCACAGGGGCAGCCAGAAACACGUCACGGUGGCUCUUGUUGCAAUCGUCACGUCUCUGCUUCUCUGUUAGCAAAGCUAGAGAGCAGUUUGGGCUUUUUUCCUACGUAAGACACAACAAGAGAGAAGUGUGGAUUACAAGACUGCUUGUUAAAACAGCGAAUCUAAACUUUUUAGUUGUCUGAUGUGAAAGAGGAUGAAAACUGGUGCCUCUGAUCCUCUGAACCUUUUUCCCAGCUACCAAAGACUCGACACUGCUGCACCACAGAAACUGCACUUUAGAGUGGAACCAAAGACCAACCUGUCUGUUUUUUUUCCACAAAUAUA